UGUGAAGUGUAUAUUGUUUGGACCUAACUGUUGACAAAUAUACUAUCCAACAAUGUUAUUGCUGAGGCUGGGUGUCAUCGUGGUAUUAUGCAUAUGUUUGGAAGCCGUACACGACGGUAUAGUCAAACGACAAGCAGAUCAAUAUCCAAGAAAAGCUAGACCGGCUGAUAAACGGCCUUGUCCAGCUGGAAUGCGUGACGACGGUACAAGUUGCUGGAAAGAUUCAUAUGGAAGAGGAGCAGGUCGUGUUCCGGAUAAAGAAAACUGCCCCUCUAAUCAACGCGACGACGGAACAAGUUGUUGGUUAGAUAGCUACGGAAGAGGUGCGGGUAGAACACCUGAUAAAACAGCAUGUCCAUCUGGGUUACGAGAUGACGGUACCAGUUGUUGGAGUGAUGCCCAUAUAUAUGGAAAGGGUUGUUGCUGCACUAUCUUUGGAUGCUGUAACAACUGUCCAAGUGGUUAUCAUGACGAUGGAUGCACGUGCAGAAAAACAAAUGUAGGCAUAAAAGUGUCGCUCUUCCAAAGAAAAGGAUGUAGAUCGAACGAAGAAAUGAAUGGACGUCUUUGCUAUCCAAAAUGUAGAAGUGGAUAUCAUGCAAGUGGAUGCUGUAUUUGUACACCGAAUGGCGGCCCAGGUAUACGGAAAACUCUUGCACAAAUGCAAAGUUGUCGUAGUAACGAAGAAAGACUUGCCCAUCUCUGUUACCCAAAAUGUAGAGAUGGUUAUAGGCCUAAAGGAUGCUGCAUCUGUGAACCAAAUGGCGGACCUGUUAUAAAGAUGACACUACCGCAGAGACAGUAUUGCAAAAAUAAUGAAAUCAAACUGAAUGGCGUUUGUUGGGAGACUUGUCAAAGUGGCUACAGUGAUAAUGAUAACGGAGGAGUCUGUAAGAAACUUUAGAGAAAACUAAUGAACAGACAAUAAAAACCGAAGUU